GAUGGCAUUGCUGGUUUCAUAGAAACACUGCUCUAGCUGGCUGCUUUUAUUUUUCCUCCUGAGUAGUGCUAUAAAAUAUUUAUAGAUUUGUGUGUGCAAAUAUAAAUAUCAUAUUAUAUCUCUGCCUUUCCCUUCCUUAUUAUGUCAAAGGCUGAAAACAAAUUUAUGUGUCCGCUUACUGAGGUGUGUCUCCUACAUUGCCCCCUCUCUCACCAACUAUUUACAGGUAACACCACUGAAUGAAGCAUUCCCGGGUGAGACUCCAUAUCGGUUAUAGCGAUGGCGAAUAGGGAACAAGAGCAGCCAAUCAUGCAGUCUGAAAGAGCACCCAGAUCCUACGGCACCGGCGGCUACGAACCUGUCAGGGGCACAACGAGUCCACAAGUACAGGCCACUGCAGUGACCAUAGAAAUCAUGGACCUUCAAGGAGAACGUGAUCAUUUGGUCUGGUCAGUCUUUAACACUGCGUACAUGAAUAUUUGUUGCCUGGGACUCCUUGCCCUUGUUUUUUCUGUCAAGUCCCGGGACCGGAAGAUACUCGGGGACAGCAAUGGAGCACAGAGCUAUGGAUCUUCUGCCCGAGCCGCCAACAUUGUAGCCUCUCUGCUCAGUAUUGUCGCCUACAUCAUCACAUUGGUUGUACUUAUGCUUGAACUUCCCAAAAAGUGACUGAGCCCCAAAAGAUCGCUGUCAACUGGGAUUUUAAAGCACAUUUUCAUGCUCUGUCUCAUUCUUCUUGUAUUUUUAUAAAUUUGUUGUUAAAUGCUGAAUCAUGUGUUCCUUAAGUGCUGUUUUAAUUAAAUCCAUAUUUCAUUUUAUCCAAAUGUAUACAGAAUAAACAGUUAAAACAA